GUCUGUAUAUUGUUUGUUCAGCUUUCGGUGCCUAUCGGUCUGUACAAAAUCAGUGAACGAGGAAGUUUUUCUUUAGUGGGAUUUUAAGCAAUUUGUCAAAAUUGCUGUACUCUAUCAACGACAAAUCAUGAAAUCUGUAUUUUUCUUGAUAACGGCCGUAUUGGCCGUUGGCUUCCUGCCGACGAUCCGGGCCAUAACAUUCACAAAGCUUCAUCAACCUUACGUGGAAGAUUCCGAUGAGCAAGACAGCAUAAAUCUGGCAAGCGACAGCGAUGAUCAUCCGGUCUAUUCAACUAGUCAUUCGGAAAAGCACCAGUCCUACUCGGUGCCCAUCUUUCAGAAGAUUGGAGUCCCAGUUCCACAUCCGGUGCCGGUAGCCGUCCCACAGUACGUCAAAAUAAACGUGCCACAACCCUACCCGGUUCAGGUCAACGUUGAGCAACCAAUCAAAGUCCCGGUCUACAAAAUAGUUCCAAAAAUUAUCGAACGACCAGUCCCCUACACGGUGGAAAAGUCCUACCCGAUCGAGGUCGAGAAACCCUUCCCGGUGGAGGUGCUGAAGAAGAUCGAAGUUCCCGUUCCGAAACCGUUCCCAGUUCCGGUUCCGAUCGUGCGUCACGUUAACGAGAAUCCAAACCCCAAGCGUAGCUGGAGGUGGUAAUAAUCAUGCUCUACGUAGUGUAGAUUAAUUUGGGACGGUCUUAUAAACUGUACAAAGCUCUCUUUCCUGCAAGUUAUUAUUAGCAAUGCUCUUGACUAGAAGUUAUGGUUAAUAAUUUAUUAUGUUUAUUAUGUUGAAUAGUGAAUAAUAAUAAAUUAUACGUUUUGGGAA